GUACAGGGAAGGAUUUCAGGGGGACUUUCUUUCAUCAAGGAGCAUUCCACAAAAUGGAAGAUGAAUUAUUGGUGUCUUGGUGUGACCUGUCGGGUUUUCUCUCUCUGUGUCUCUUUUCUCCUCUUUGCCCUGCUCCAAGGAGAGUUUACUGUUACUGGGUUAGGGUACAUCCAGCCAGGGGAGCAGGCAGCUCCCAGCUGUUGCAGGGGGGACCACAAAGGGGCCCCCCCAUAUUGUUCACUAAUGGGAAUUUGGGGGUUUUAUUUGAUGACCUUGGGGGUAGGGGAGUUGGGUUAGGGUUAGAGGCAUUUUUCAAGAAAACUUUGAAGAUGGGAGCUGGGAAAAUCUAUGUUUUACUUAAUGGUGAGGCCGUAUGAAAGUGGGGGAGAACCAGCCUUUUAAAUAACUUUUUUUCCCUGUAGAUCAAGCGAGUUACUUGGAGCUUCUCUUAAAAUAUAAAAGAUAGUUACCUGCUUUUAAAAAGUUCUCUCAUAGAGAAUUUUGUCAAAUGUGAAAUGUUUUUUGGCUUUUAUUUUAAAACUUGCUUUCCUCUGGACCAUUUAGAAGCAAUAAGGGGAGGGGUUUUAUUUAGAAGUUUUAUUUACUUAUUCAUUUAUUUAUUUUUGGUCUAAAGCCCAAGUGGAUGCUAAUUUUGUCAUAUCUGAUAAUAAGCUAGGGAGGAGAUUUUUUUAGUCAGCUUGUCAAGGUGGAUGAUGCUACAAAGAGCCACCCGCUUUUCUCCCGCACCAAUCUUUAGAAACUUUCAUUCUAGACUAGGAGCCGCGGCUAUCAUAUAAUAAUAUGCUGGUUGUCGACAGUGCUUUCUAGGUUCCCCAUUCUUGCCCAACCGUUCCAGUGGCUGGCUGCUGGGGUCAUUCUCUUGGAAGGAUUGCUGCCUUCUCUUGAGAUUUUUUUCUUUUUGACAACUGAAAGAAUCGACUUGCCUUUUUUGCUGGGUGUUGGUAUUUCUCCUUCCUCAGCAUUGAUGCAUGUUCUAAAAUUUAUCUAUUCUAGAGUUCACCAUGGCUAAAGGUGACCCUAAGAAACCGAAGGGCAAGAUGUCCGCUUAUGCCUUCUUUGUGCAAACUUGCCGGGAAGAGCAUAAGAAGAAAAAUCCAGAGGUUCCUGUUAACUUUGCAGAGUUUUCUAAAAAGUGCUCCGAGAGGUGGAAGACUAUGUCAGGGAAAGAGAAAUCCAAGUUUGACGAGAUGGCAAAAGCGGAUAAGGUACGAUACGAUAGAGAGAUGAAAGACUACGGACCAGCGAAAGGUGGCAAAAAGAAGAAGGAUCCUAAUGCACCUAAACGGCCACCGUCUGGCUUCUUCCUGUUCUGUUCAGAAUUUCGUCCCAAGAUCAAGUCUACAAAUCCUGGCAUAUCCAUUGGGGAUGUGGCAAAGAAGCUUGGUGAAAUGUGGAACAAUCUGAGUGACAGUGAGAAGCAACCUUAUAAUAAUAAGGCAGCCAAACUGAAGGAGAAAUACGAGAAGAUAAAGAAACUAGCCGUGAGUGACUUGCCAAAGCUUAUAGAACAAGUUAUUCCAAGAGCUGGAACCACAGUUUCUGUUGACUCUUUUUUCCAUGAAGAGGAAAAAGGCUAGCCCAGAAUGGGAAGAAUGGCUGGCCAUCAAGAAGAGCCACUUGGCCUAUCGUCACACAGGCAAGAGAGAAGCUGUGCUGACUGGAAGGCACCUGGGACCUGAGGGGUGAGCUCUGCCAGGUAAGAAGAGUCAUACAGGCCAUUGAAACCAGGGGCCAGAGGGCCCCUUCCCCCCGCCCCCCCAGAGAUGACAGUGAGACUUGGGCUUAGGUGACUCAGUAGGGGCUUGGCUUAGGAGCAGAUUUUGGAAGAGAUGGUAGAGGCCAUCUUUUCUACUGCCUCCUCAUUUUCUGAUCCCCAGAAAUGGAAAGAGCAUGCCUAAGAUUUAAUCAAUCAACAGGCAGAUUUUUUUUAAAAUUUACUAUGUCGAACACUGUACGAAAUGUUAGGCAUAAAAAAAUAAAAGCAAAACCAGUACCUGUCUCAGGAUCUUACAUUUCAAUGGAUAGGAAAAAAAAAAAAAGAAAAAAUAUAUAUGCCAGAAGAUAUAGGAUAAAAGCAGAUAGAAAUAGAUGGAAAAUUAGAUGACAUUACCAGGCUUGAGGACCAGGAAAAACUUCCUGGAAGAAGUGAUAUUUAACAUGAGUAUUAAGCAAAAAUUCUAAGAAGCAGAGCUUGAGAGGGAGAGCGUUCCAGACUUGAGGAACAGCCAGCGCAAAGGCCUGGAGAUGGGAAAUGGAGGAUCCUGUGUGAGACAGUGUAGCUGGGUCAUAAAGAAUGGAAGAUCUGGAAAGGUUAGAAGGGGCCAGUGGUUGAAUGACUAAGCCAAGGACUUUCUAUGUACAGGAGUGGUAUGGAAAUGGCUUCUCAUAUCCUCUGUCUAGGGCCAUGUUUGUUUUUCGUAGUUUUACAAGUCUCACUCUUGAUUUUGUUGUGCUCGUUAUGUUUAUUUUUGUAAUAAUCACAUGUGUUGUUUUCUUGGCCUCAUUUCCUUCCCUCUGCAUCAGUUCAUCUAGGUCUUGUAAAACUCCUCUGUAGUUAUCAUGUCGGUCACUUCACGGUGUCAUUUCAUCACAGUCAUACGACAGUAUCUGUUUAGCUGUCCACCAGUUGAUGGGCAUCUGCUUUUUCUCCUCAGAACAAGAGCUGCUAAAAAAUAAUUUGGAGAAUGUGGGUCCUUUCAUUUUAUCUUUGACCUCCUUGAAAAAUAUAUGGUGGAAACUCUAGUUCCAAGGGUAUGAACAUUUUAGUCAUUUUAUUUGCAUAAUUCUCCUUUGUGAAAGGAUAUUUUUGUAAGAUUUGAUCCUUUUCUCCUGACUCUUAGCCCUUACUGAAGAAACCUGGAAGUUGUUUUCAUGAGAUUUCUCAGUAUGAUGAGACAGUAUCUCCAUUUGUAAUCGUUCUGCUGGAGGAAAGCCCUAGGCAGAGGAUUGGAGAAACAGAAAGAGACUUAUUUCUUGAUCUUCAGUUCUUUGCUGGUCAGAGGCACCAGGGGCUCAGGAUGACUUCCAUACCCAAUCCUUUUUCCGGUCUCCUAUCAUUUCUCAUGGCACCAUUCCUCAUGGCUCCUUCCAUUGGUCCUCAGGUUUCAUAGGCAAAGUGGAUCACAAGAGGAUGUCUCCAGGGAUCUCCAGUCCUAUUCAAUGGGUCCCAGUGUGGUAUAGUGGACAAAGUGCCGGAUUUAGGUUCAAGGGCCUAAGUUCACACCUUGUCCCUCCCACCCAUUAAGGGGAAACCUUGGAAAGUCACUUCUAACUAGGUUUUAGUUUCCUCAUUUAUAAAACCAGGUGUCAAAUCCUAUGACCCCUCAAGUCCCUUCCAGCUCUCAGUGGACACGCCUAUGAUGUCCCCCGAGGAAGAUGAAAAUCCCAGCCUGGUUGCUGUCCCAUCUGUGAGUGCUCCUGGUAAAGAGAGCAGAUGAGGCAAAGUCCUCAGCACAGAGGUUGGGGGUGGGUAGGGAGUGGUGUGGGGGCCCAAGGAGAGAAGGAAAGGUUUGGAAUGAAACCUGUGGUGAGGAGGCCAGGGAAUCUACUGGGUAGGAGUGAAAGGAUGGCCCACUCGGGAUGGGGCCCAUCCUCUGAGAGUGGAAUCAGGCAGCAUGGUUUUGAGAUUUCCCCCCAGCUCCAGUGAACAGCAGAUGGGGACAGGGGAGGGUAUAAUUUGGGGUUGGGUUUUUGACAAAGUCUUAUUGGUGGAUCGGCCAAGGGGAACAAGGGAUCGAAGAGUAGAGGAUAGUGUGAAGUUGAAUUACUUCAUCAAGGGUUCAAGAUGGAGAGAGGAGAGGUGCUGCUUCUCUCUGCAUCAGUUCGUCAUCUUUGCAAGAACUUCAGCUCCUGGCAACUGCUCCAUACAGUUUCCUUCCCAGGAAAUACUGGAGUUUUUAAGUGAGGGCCCUGGGAACAUCCCCUGAGUUUUAGGAUUCCCAGCCUGAGUGGUGAGUCCUUUGUCCUUCCUUCUCAUUUAAAUCAAUUCAAAAACAUUUAUGUAGAGCUUUCUAUGCCCCAGACAUUUUUCCUAGGCUUUGGAGAUUCAGAAACUAAAUGAAUGAGUGAAUUAAAUGUGCCUGUCCUCAGGGAGCUUAUAUUCAUGUUUUGGUGAAACAAGUUUCCUUCUGGUAAGUAAAUACAAAGUAAUGUUAGAGUGGUUAGGAACCCUAACCAGGGAAGAAGAGGUGCUUGAAGGGGCUAUUUAAAGAAGCUGGGGAGAGAACCUUGGCCUAGGAGUCUGGUUCCCUUCUCCCCCAGGAGAUGAAUGACUUCCAUUGAUCUGCCAAGAUUCUGUGAGUCUAUCCCCAGCUAGUGCUUGACACCCACCAUAGGCCCAGAGGUAUAAGGGACUUUGGAGGCCCUCUAGUCUACCCUCUUCAUUUUAUAGAUGAGAGGCCCAGAGAGGUUUGGAGAGUGGAGGGCCAGGGAGGAGGGCAUAAUUGCACAGGUGAAGGGAACUGCCCAAGGCCCCAGAGGGCCUGGGGAUUGAAGAAGGGCCAGAAUCUCAUUUAGCUUCAGAAAAGCAUAGUCAAGUAAAUGACUUCUGCCAAUCCUGCGAAGUUUGAUGCUAUUGAUCACUCUCUUCUUGAUGCUCUCUUCUCUCUAGGUUUUCGUGACACUGCUCUCUCCUGGUUCUCCUCCUACCUCUCUGACCACUCCUCCUCUGCCUCCGUUGCUGGAUCUUCAUUCAGGUCAUGCUGAUCACUGUGGGAGUAUCCCCCAAGAUCCUGUUCUGGGCCCUCUUCUCUCCUCCCUGUUCUGUUUCUUUAUUUGUAAUAAGUUUUUGUCGAUGUCUUCUCUUUCCUACAUCAUCACUGUUAUUCUCUGCAUCCCUUCCCUUCCCAGAGAGCUGUCCCAUAUAACAAAUGGUAUUUUUUUAAAUGAGGCAAAAAAUGAGCACUGACAUUGUCUAAAAAAAAAAAGUGUGCCAUAUAAUGCCAGUGGGCACCUCAGCUCUGCAGAGGAAUGGGUUGGGGAUUUCUUCCAUCUCUUCAUUUGAAUCCUGCUUGAUUUUUAUGAUUUUCUGACACUUGGUAUGUGCUUGUUCUUUCUGUUUGCAUCGUAGUAUUCAUUGUGUAUUUUGUGUUGUUGGUUCCGCUUAUUUUACUCUGGAUCAAUUCAUGUAGCUCUUUCCAUGCUUCUCUGUAUUCAUAGAUUUAUCAUUUCUUGUAGCAUAGUGAUAUUCCAUUUCGUUCAUGUCCCACUUUGUUUGGCCAGUCCCCAUCCUCUGGGUGUCUACUUUAUUUCCAAUUCUUUGUUAUUACUCAAAGUGUUGCUGUAAAGAUUUUGGUGUUUACUUUCUCCUUAUAUAUAGUUUCCUUGGGACACAAUCCCAGUAAUGGGUUUCCAGUUCAAAUGUUAUUCCCUCGAUUCCAAAUUGCCUUCCAGAGUGGUUGUGUCAGUUCACACCUCCACUGACAGCACGUCUGUAGCAUUCCACAACCCUUCCGGCAUUGACUAUUUACAAUUUUUUGUCGUUGCCAAUUUUCAGGGCACAAGGUGACCUUCUAUAUCCUUUCAGUUGGUGAAUUCACAGCUCACAUGUUUUCAAUGAUCAUCUCUAUGUAGCUGAUUCUCAGAUCUAAUCAUUCAGCCCCAACCUCCAGCUAUUAGACACCUCAGACUGAAUGUCCCAUAGAUGCUUUCAAUUCAACCUGUGCAAAUUGGAAUUUAUUUUCUAGUCUCCCCCCUCCCCAAACCUCUCCUCUUCCUAAACUCUCCUGUUAUUGUUUAGGGAACCACCCUGUUCCCAGGCAUCCAGCCUCACAAUGUAGAUACCACCCCCCCUCACUGUCUCUUCCUGCCUCCCUCCCACCCCCCCACGCUCCCAGCCCUCACACCAUCUUAUUUAUAAAGCUCUGCUCUCCUCUGACACUGCAGCCACCCUGGUAUCAUCUCUUUCCUGGACAAUGGUAAUAGGUUUCUGUUUAUUCUCCUUCCCUGUCUCUCCCUCUUCCUACCUCAAUCUCAGCAACCUCCACUCAGUAAAUUGAACUUUCUAAAGUGCCCCCUCAACCCCAGUCAGUCAAUUCCAGUAGAACCCUAUUAUUGCCAGGAUCAAAUAGAAUAUUCCCUGAUUAGCAUUUAAAGCCCUUUACCACUGGGUCUUGUCUGACUAUUGCAGUCUCUGGCCUCCUUACUGUUCUUUCCAGAGGACACUUCAAAGUUUGGAAACAAAAGUGGCCUUUCCCUGAGCCUGGCACUCUUGCCCUGCUCACUCAGCCUCGGGCCUUCCCUAGCUUCCUAUGAGUCUCAAUGAAAGUUGCAUCUUCUGCCAGGAAGGAGCCUUUCCUGAAGCUCCAUGAUUCUAGUGCCUUCUCCAUGGAUUUGGCCAGUUAGCUCUCUGCUGUUACGUACUGCUGUGGUUGCUCACUGCAAUUUUUCCCGCCUUUAUUCCAAGAGGCUUCCCAUUUGUCCCAUCCGGGAUCACAAGACAGCCCAACUGGGCCUCUUUUUCUCUCUCCCUUCUUCUCCAUACUCUCCUGUGGAUGUCCUGUUUGCAUCUGGUCUCCUCUGGGAAGCCUGAGGGCUUCUGGAGAGCAGAGACUGCUGUUUGCCUUUCUUUGAAGAGGCACUGCUACUGGACCUGCCAGUUGGGGUCUCCUUCUAAGGUGCCAUAGACAAGGUGCCAGCUGCUGCCGCCACAGCCUAGAGAAGUAAUCCCAGGAACAGAAAUUCCAGGGUUGGAAGAGAUCAUCUGGGCAGGGCUAGCCAGCCUUUUUUUGGGUCACGGGCCCUUUAGGUAGUUGCCCAGAAGCUGUCCGCCCCUUCUCAGAGCUCAUGUUUCUAAAUGCAUAAAAUAAAAUACAUAAGAUACAAACGGAAA